AUGGCUGAACAUAUCGACAAAACUCGUCUUAAUAAUGAUUUAAAUUAUCGUUUUAAUUAUAUAUCAAGAUUUAUUGGUUUUAAUCAAGAUGAUAUUAAAAUACUCAAUACAUUAGCACCUAUCAUAUGUCCACUUCUUCCAGCUAUAGUUGAAAAAGCUUAUAAAAAAUUAUAUACAUAUGAUAUAACAAAAGAUUAUUUUCAUAUGCGUAAUGAUGGUUUUCAACAAUUUUUACCAAAUAAAGAUUGUGGUAUAACAUUAGAUUCCGUACAAAUUGAUUAUCGUAAAGAUAUGUUAAGUGUAUUUUUAAGACGUAUAUUAACACAAACUGAUUGGAAUGAAUCAUUUCUUCAAUAUUUAUCACGUGUUGGAGAAAUUCAUACAAAUAAAGGUGGUUCAUCAUCAAUUAAUGUUGAUUAUAUACAUAUAAAUGCAUUACUUUGUACUCUUGAAAAUAUAUUUAUUGAUACUAUAUGGUCUAUAGAUAGUAUUGAAUUUAAAAAAAAACGUGAAGCAUUACAUGCAGUAAAUAAAUUUUUUUGGAUACAAAAUGAUUUUUUUACAAUGCAAUAUGGAAUAUCAUUAAAAGAAAAACAAUUAUCUAUUGUACCGAAAAUUAAUUUUUCGAGUUGUUUUUUUCGUUAA